UGUACCUAUGUACCUCCUCCCUGUCCAGAUCCUGUCCAAGUACCGAUCACAGUACCACCUCACUAAGUAAGUAUUUAUUAUAGCAUCCUGGUGGCGCCUCGGCAGUACCUGUGUUCAGAGUGUAGGUAGGUACGGAAGGUAGGCAGUAUAUAGUAGUAGGUAUAACCGUAUACUUAGGACAUCGCUGCCAUCAUGACGAGGCACCAGGACCCUCUGCCCGCCCAGAAAUCAAUAGACAAUGAGCGAUCCUCACUGGGCCGACCGCAACUCUUCGUGCAACUGAGCUUUGGCGUCUCGUGGUCCGAUCGCCACAUCCCGCGGACUCACACCCUCAGCUACACCUCUAAGCAUCUGAAGAAUGCGAGGGACUCUGGUCAUUUCCCUCGCCAGGAGCCACGCCAUCACCACCGACGUCAGGACUUCGCUCAACGACAGUCGCGGGCCGAGUGGUAUCACUAUCAUGAUUAUGAGCGCCCCCGUGGUCGCCCCAAUCAAUCCCGCCCCGCCAAUCCCGCCGCAUCGUCACCGCCGAGAGAGCCCAGGGCAGACUCGCGGCGUGCUGGCAACGAGCGCGGGAGCUCGGCGCCGCCCGUCAUUCAUGAGGGCCCGUGGAGCGAUGACGAAGGAGGCCCGUCCGCCACCCUUUUCCCCCGUCCGGCGCGGACCACCAGGAAUCCGCCCCACCUAUGGAAGGACCUACCGACUAACCCGGCACGCUUUCGAUUAGGUGAGGACGGCCUUCCGUGGUCUUUGUCGGCCUGGCCGUUCGAUCAAGACGGGGGUGAAGAGGAGCCGCCGUUCGCCAACAUUCCAACGACGCUGCCUCUGUCUCCGCCCAACAGACGUCACAGCGAGGAUCCACAGAGGGUGAGAGAUCUAGAGUCCCUAUCGACAGCCAUGGUGACGGUCGACAACGGCUUCGAGAACCAGUGGUGGAACCAAGGCGAGCGUGAGUCUACCGCCCACGUUUCGUCACCUUCCGUCGAGGACGAAGUGCGCCCGAUGAGCAUGGCCGAUGCAGUCUUGCUCUCCGCCGCUGAGCCACCGUCGGGUGUGGAAACAUAUAGCCCCAUCAGCGGGAGCUUCAGAGAUCUAGUCUCGCCUCUCUCCGACUUUAGUCCAAAUUUCAAUACCUUCAGUUCACUUCAUAGGUCGAGUUCGACACGGUCGGACGAACUAUGGAUGGGGAAGUAAAAAGAAACCAUUAAAAAAAAAAACAGGAAGCUUACUCGGUACCGUAUCAUCGGCAUAUCGGCUUUUUUUUUGGGGGGG